UAAACAACUCUGAAUAGGUUUCUAAAACACAUCGAUAUAUCUUUCAUUCGAAAAACAAUCAAAAUUUUCUUCACGUUAGAAUCCAAAUUUUUAAAUUUUACUUAAUGGUAUUCGUUAUGCUUAGAUAUCCCAGCCAUUUAUUUGCAUCGAAAAACAGUUUUCUUAAGUUCUCCAGCCGUGAGUACAGCGGAUCAGAUGAGGGCCAGAAAUCUGUCUUCGCCGACAUUAAGGCGGUGCCACCCAUUGAGGUUUUUCAUUUGACAAAGCUCUUUUUGGAGGACAAGCACGAGAAAAAAGUCAAUUUAGGAGUUGGCGCGUAUCGGACUGAAGAAAACAAGCCUUUCGUUUUGCCAGUUGUUAAAAAGUGUGAAUUGGAAAUAGUUAAAGACCCCAACAUGAAUCAUGAAUAUCUACCCAUACUGGGCAAUGCAGAGUUUACAAAGGCAGCGACCGAACUCAUUUUAGGGAAGGACUGCAAGGCAAUUGAAGAAAACCGAAUUGUGGCAGCUCAAACUCUUUCAGGCACCGGUGCCAUUCGAUUAGCUGCUGAGUUCAUGAGCCAACUUAUGAAGCGACGCACUUGUUACAUACCCCAGCCCAGUUGGGAUAAUCACUCUACGAUCUUUAAGGCAUCUGGAUUCAAGCACUUCAAACAUUAUCCCUACUGGAAUGCCAAAAAACGUAAAAUUGACAUCUCAAAGCUUUUGGCGGCACUCAGCGAAGCCCCAGAAGGAGCCAUAGUUAUAUUUCAAGCCUCGGCUCACAAUCCCACGGGCAUGGAUCCCACAAAAAAACAAUGGAAGCAAAUUGCCGAAGUUAUAAAACAGCGUAAACUGUUCCCAUUCUUUGAUGUUGCAUAUCAAGGAUUUGCAAGUGGGGAUCCGGAUCGCGAUGCCUGGGCAGUUCGAUACUUUGUCAAAGAGGGCAUGGAAACAUUAAUAGCACAAUCUUUUUCCAAAAGCAUGGGCUUAUACAAUGAGCGAAUCGGCAAUCUGGUAGUCGUGUUGAAAGAUGCAAAACAUGCCACAGCUGUAGCCUCCCAGUUAACAAAUCUUAUUCGGUAUAACUAUUCAAAUCCACCCGCGUUCGGCAGUCGUAUAGUUGCAAAGCUGUUGACGAACGAGGACAAUAAACAUAAUUGGUUGAAAUAUUUAACCGAAAUGACUGAUCGUGUGAAGACAAUGCGGAGAGAAUUAGCCGAAAAACUCACAGAGCUGGAAACACCCGGUACAUGGGAUCACAUUGUAAAACAGCGUGGAAUGUUCUCAAUGUUGGGUCUACAACCGGAACAUUGUGAAAAACUGAUCAGAGAUAAGCAUAUUUAUUUGCUUCGAUCGGGACGCAUUAAUAUCUGCGGAUUGAACACGAAAAAUCUCGAUUACGUUGCCGAAUCUAUUAGCGAAGUUCUUAAGGAGGCAAGUUGUGCAGCUGGUGGAGGUGACAAUGAUAACAAAAACGGGGCAAAUGGUUCGACUGAGAAGGAUAACAGUGAUAAGGAGAUCAAUAAGGAAAUAAUUUGUUCGAAUGAAAUAGAUAACAAAAUGGAGGCAAGUGGUUCAGGUGAUAAGGAUAACAAAAAAGAAGAAAGUGAUUCAAAUGAUACGAAUAAGGAAGCAAUUGGCUUAAAUGAUAAGGAUAUCACUAAAGAGGUAGUUGGUUCGUCCGAUAAGGAUUGCACUAAAGAGUUAAUGGCUUCGACUGAUAAAGACACUUCAAAGGAGGCAAUUGGUUCGACCGAUAAGGAUAUCACUAAAGAGUCAAUUGGUUCGGCUGAUAUGGACUGCACUAAAGAAAUAACUGGUUCGACUGAUAAGGAUAUUACUAUAGAGUCAAUUGGUUCGGCUGAUAAAGUUAACACAGAGGAGGCAAUUGGUUCGGCUGAUAUGGACUGCACUAAAGAAAUAACUGGUUCGACUGAUAAGGAUAUUACUAUAGAGUCAAUUGGUUCGGCUGAUAAAGUUAACACAGAGGAGGCAAUUGGUUCGGCUGAUAUGGACUGCACUAAAGAAAUAACUGGUUCGACUGAUAAGGAUAUUACUAUAGAGUCAAUUGGUUCGGCUGAUAAAGUUAACACAGAGGAGGCAAUUGGUUCGGCUGAUAAGGUUUGCACUAAAGAGAUAAUUGGCUCGACUGAUAUAAAUAACACAAAUGAGGCAAUUGGAUCGGCUGAAAAGGAUUGCCCCAAGCAGGUUAUUGGUUCGACUGAUAAGGAUAUCACUACAGACUUAAUUGGUUCGGCUGAUAGGGAUUGCAAUAAAGAAAUAACUGGUUCGAUUGACAACGAUAACAUGAAGGAGGCAAUUGAAUCGGGUGAUAAAGAUUGCACUAUACAGGUAACUGGAUUGACUGAUAAGGAUUUCACUAAAGAUUUGAUUGGUUCGAUCAUUAAUGAUUGCAAAAGAGAGUUAUUAAGCUCGAGUGAUAAAGAUAACACUGAGGAUGCGAAUGUUUCGAGUGAUAAGGAGAUCACUAAAGAGAUAAUUGGUUCAAUUAAUACGGAUAAUAAGGAGACAGUUGGUUUGACUGAUAAGGAUUGCACCAAAGAUAUAAUUGGUUCGAUUGAAAAAGAUAAGGAGGCAAUUGGUUCGACUGAUAAGGAUUGCACUGAGAUAAUUGGUUCAAUCGAUAAAGAUAAUAAGGAAACAGUUGGUUUGAUUGAUAAGGAUUGCACCAAAGAUAUAAUUGGUUCGAUUGAAAAAGAUAAGGAGGCAAUUGGUUCGACUGAUAAGGAUUGCACUGAGAUAAUUGGUUCGAGUGAUAAAGAUGUCAAUAACGUGGCAAUUGGUUCAAGUGAUAAGGAGAUAAUUGGUGGGACUGAUAAAGAUAUGUAAUGGUGGUUAUAAUAUAUAUAUGGUUCGAGUGAAGAAACUACCAAUUUGGAGAAAACUAAAGGCAUAAAAACCGAUGUCUAUAUUGAGAACAGAAUAAAAAGUAAAUGAUUUUUCUUUCAGCCUGAGCCAGAGACAAGGAACAUGGCUCUCGUUGAACCGGAAGCUGGGAUAGUUGUCAUGCACAAGCGCAAAAUAGUGAGAUUUACUACAGUGAGCACCGCGUUGAUUCAAACGCCCUUUUACGCGAUUUUCAUGGCCUUAAGCACUGUAUUACCUUUUUUGUAUUACCUUUUAUAGAACAAUCCCAAAAAGAAAAUAAACAAAAAAAUGUUUUAAAAAAAA